AUGUCUUCUCUACCCUCAGAGGGCAGAGAGGUCUAUAACAUAAUUCAAUACACCACUGACCUCCUACGUCUGUUCCAUGUUGCCUUUCUGGAGCAUAAGAGCCUCAUCAAAAACACCAAAAGUGGUCAAGGAGUUGGUCCCCAUUUUGCUGUCCUGCGUUUUUUUUUGCCUUCUUAUAAUCCACUGAUUAAGUACUUGGACCCCUUUGGAUGUCCAUCUGUGUACCUCACAGGUACAGAUCUGUUUGAGUAUGUGGAGUGUGGAGUAGGUAAUGUUUAUGCCCAGGAUCAUUUGGCUGUAACCUACCUUGGGCAGAGAGACAAGGUUCGUAUUGUGCUUAAUGGGAAAGGGAGCUUUGCUCUGGUACUGGAGAAGCUUAAAGAAAGCCUGAUGAUAAACCUGAAGUUAGUGAUGCUUCUAGCUCUAAGAUAUGCCAUUGCAUGCCAGAUGGGAGCCCUGGAGUGUCUACUGAAUCAAGGCCAAACAGAGAAAAUGAAUGGAGAGACCUCCUUCUGUCCAGAGAGCUCAAACAAUGUUGAUUUAAGCCCUGGAAUGAGCACAGACCACACUCUGGUGAUCCACGGUGGCGCUGGAGAGGAGGUGAUGCUGAACACUGAAGUGAUUGGAGUUAUUGAGUUUGCUUUACAGACAGCCUUAACUCUUGGAUCUCAAGUGCUUCAACAAGGUGGCAAGAGUCUAGAUGCAGUUCAGAGGUCAGUAGAAGCUCUGGAGGACUGCUUCCUGUUUAAUGCAGGUAAAGGCUCAGUAUUCAACAGAGAUGGCAAAAAUGAAUUGGAAGCAACCAUCGUGGAUGGCAAUGCAAUGAGGUCGGGAUCUGUUGCUUGUGUGCAAAUUGUGAAGAACCCAAUAAAAGCAGCCAGAUGUGUCAUGGAGAACAGCUCACAUUCACUCAUUGUAGGAGACGGGGCUGAUGAGUUUCUGCUAGGGUUGGAGGAGAAGGAGAAGUCUGUUGGGCCUGAGUAUUUCCACACUGAUAUACGUCACAGACAGUUAGCAGCAAAGCUCACUGUUGGAAAUACCUCAACAAACAAUCACCCCCAGACAGUCGGAGCUGUGGCCUUGGAUUGUUGGAUUGGGUUGGCUGCUGCAUCCUCCACAGGUGGGCUAGUAGGAAAGCUGAAAGGGCGAGUUGGGGACACAGCAGUAGUAGGGGCUGGAAUAUAUGCUGAUGAUAAUGUAGCUAUUACCUGCUCUGGAGAUGGAGAUGUAUUUCUGAGGCACACAGUUGCACAGAAAAUAGCCAGUCUCUACCACCACAAAGGCUACAGCCUUAUGCAGGCAUGUAGAGAAGUGAUGGCUGAAAAUCUGGAUGGGAUCUGUGCAGGGGUCAUUGCUGUGGACAGUAAAGGUGAUGCCAUUGUUGAAACAAAUGCUGGUGUAAUGUUUGUGGCCUCAAUGAUAGGCGGCAUUUCACGAGUAGAGGUCCUCAGGCCCCUGAAGAGCUUCUCUGAUGUGAUCUGGGAAACAGAUGAGCUGGUUGCCUACCUGGAUCCUAAACCCUGGAUCCCUGGGUCAACCAUCCUGACUAGAAAAGCUCUAAGCGGGGCAAGGAGCAUCUUCAAGUUGGCUACAACUGAUUUUGUGGCUAUGCUGCAAGGAGCAAGAGCUGUGUCAAGCUUGCUAUGUGAGCGACUGGGAGUGCAGCGCUGUGCUUUGGUUUUCCAUCCAACCCCUGAUCAGCCAGCACAAAUCAAACUGCUCCCACUUCAUGGCCUAGAGCCAAAGUGGCAGCCCCAUCUUUCACAUGAAGAGGAAUUCCACACUAAUGAUCCUGGCUACUGCACCUCAAAGAGCGGCCCACGGUGGGAUGAUGAGGCACUGGCCCAGGUUCAAGCCAAGAUUAGAAAUGGACUGCCAACACCAAAUGCACCUUCUUGCUUUGACUUUUUUGGAGAUGCUUCCAAUGAUAACCUGUUCAGUCGUAUUGUACGUGGAGAGCAGCAACAGUGGAGAGUGUGGGAAGACAGUGAGCAUGUCGCCUUCCUGACACCAUACCCAAACUCUCCUGGACUAACAGUUGUGGUGCCACGCAAACCACUCUCCAGUGACAUCUUCAAACUGGAGGAAGCUGACUACAAAGCACUGAUCCUUGCCACUUGCAAAGUUGCCAAACUACUGGAGGAGGGGAUGAGAGCUCAAGGUGUUGCCCUGAUCUUUGAGGGCUUUGAGAUCGACUAUGCUCAUGCCAAGCUAAUCCCUCUGUUGCCUUCACCAGAUGGCACAAAGCCUGCUGAGCUUCAACCAGAAUGCUUCCAAACCUACCCUGGAUAUGUGUCAUCACUGCACGGCCCAGCUGUCGACCCUGAGGCCCUCAAAAAGAUCCACUCCAAAAUCACCCAGUGCAGGCCUACUCAUUCAUGGCAAGACCCUCAGUCUCACUCCACACUUGCCAUCAAGAGCCAGUGGUAUCGCAACCUGUUCCAGAUUCAGAACACUCUUUUCCACAGCACAGUGGAAUAUUUCCACACUUCCUGCCAGUUCUCCUAUGCUUUGACCCCUCUCACCACAGACACCAUCUCUUCACCAAUGGGCCUGGGAUCUGACUCAGAACCAGUUUCUGUUAGCCUGCUGGGCCAGGACAUCUACCUGGCUGACUCAAUGCAAUUUGUACUUGAAUACUUCCUUCGCUUCCAGGAGAACCUGCCAGGGACGUACUACAUAUCUCCCAGCUUCAGAGGGGAAGAUCCUGAUGCCACACACUUGAACCAGUUCUACCACGUGGAGUGUGAACUGUUGGGUGACAUGGACAAUGCCAUCUCUACAGCAGAGGGAUACUUGGCUCAUCUCACCAAGUCCAUGUUGAAGAAACACUCUGAUAUUAUCCUCAACACUGCUGGGACCAUUACACAUGUCAAAGCCAUGCUGAGUAAGCUGGAUGGAAAAACCCCACUCCCAAGAAUCCCUCUAGACCAGGCCAUUCCCAUGAUGCCCUCUGCUGACUGCUUAGAGUGGGUCCAAGAUGGACAGCCGCAGUUUGGCAGAAAGCUAACACGCAAAGGAGAGCGGGUCUUGAUAGAGAAAUAUGGUGGUGCUGUUUGGCUGACUGAGAUGGACCAUCUAGGAGUUCCCUUCUACCAGGCGUAUGUGGAGGGCACUGGGCGGUGCAAAGCCAAAGCUGCUGACCUCCUCCUGGGGCUGGGUGAGACUGUGGGUCUCGGUGAACGUCAUUCCACCCCUGAGAUGGUACAGGAGGCCCUCAGGCAUCAUGCAGUUCCAGAGCAGUCUUACAAAUGGUACAUCUACAUGUGGCAAGUGAAACCACUCCUCACCAGUGGAUGGGGCAUGGGGACGGAGCGCUACUUGUGUUGGCUGCUUCAGCAUGAUGACAUCAGAGAUAUACAUAUCAUUCCUAGGAUGAAAGGAAUGAAAUACAUGCCCUGACCAUGAGUACUACACCAAUCUUCAGGUUAUUAAAUGUGAUAUACUUGUAAUAACAGGGCCAAAGAGGAAUAUACAGUAUGGAUUUUAACCAUAAAAAUGCAUCAAUAAUUCAGACACUGGAGCUUUUUUCCAGCUUUGGGUGUCUUAUAAUCAUCACCAAGUUAAAAGUGGCAAAAAUCAAUACAUCUAAAGAGAGUUUAAUUUGAAAUAAGGAAGUAAAUCAGCAGUUGGUUAAGAGUUUGUUUCCUGUUACAUGGUAAAGCUUUAGUGCCAAUAUGACUGCAAAGUGAGCAUACACAAACAGUGAAAGUACAAUCUGAAUUGUUUCAGUAUUUCAUUUCUUGUUGUAUCAUUAUGUAUAGUGUUGACAAUAUAGUUAGUUUCAGGUUGUAAAGUCUUUCAGACUAUGCAAGGACAACACAAGGUGCUACAGUUGUUAUAAAGGUUGGCCAUAUUUUCAUAAAUAAUAAUACAAUACAUCAUCUCAGCAAGCAAAGCAAAUCUCUGUACCGUUCCUCACUAUGUUGUUUUGUUUUAUUUCUAUUAAAUUGUUUUGGUAUUUAAAGGAUUUUUGUGAAAGUCA